UUGAAAAUAACGCAACCGAUAUGGUUCGUUCAAUCAACUAAAUAAAUUUUGAAAAAAAAAUUCUGUGAAAAUCCAUCUUUUUAUUUCCAACUCUUGUUUGCUCGUAAAUUAUUGAUUGAUUUCGAGAGACCAUUUGUGAAUUAAUAAAACUGUUAUUUUAACUAAUCAAAUGUGAUUUGUGAGCAGAUAAAAAUUGAGGUUACUUAAAUACAAGACAUACUACGACUUUUGUCUGGGCUGUGCUGCAUCAUUUCUUAAGUGGAAAAAAAAAUCAUUUUCAUACAUUUUGUGUGAGUUAUUAACCGUUAGAAAAGUGAAAAAAAUCGAAAAAAUUGCCAAAUUAUCAAUGAACAUUGUGAUUUAAAUGGUGUGAUGUAAGUGAAAAAGUCGACGCCACAUCGACAGUGAAAACACACCCAAAACGCGUUACAAGAACAAACGACCAAUUUGAUCUGCGGAGCGCUGCUGUACAAACGAGCUUGUUUUUUUCUCUCUCGUCUGUGUUCAAUUCGUGCAAUGAUUCAGGUGGAUUGUAUGCGUUUCGUUCCCGUCACAGAAUCACACACCGUCAAUCUAUCCCAAUAAAAUUCAAUCAAAUCGUUUUGUUUUGUGGAAAUUAUCGUGCAAAAAUUCAUUGAACAAUAUUUGUCGCAUUUAUUUGAUCAAGUUAAAUAAAGAGAGAACAAAUGUCGCAGACAAAAUGACUAACACGUAUUUAACAUGAAACGUGGCUAUAAGAGAAAACUUAUAUGGCUAUUGCCGAUCAAAAAAAUCGGCUAAAACAAACAACAAAAGAAAAAAACAGUACAAUUCAAAACGAAACAUUUAAAAUGGAGUAUGAGUGAGUGAAUGAUAGUGAAUUUUCCGGAAAUUUCCAGGAAAUUCGUUUAAUGAUUCCCAAAACGUAAGCAUACUAAAAUAUAUACGUAGAAGAGGGUAGAAUUUAUUAAAUUGUAUCAGGAAUUUAACCUAUGAAAAAGCUUACAGAAAUUUCACAAGAAAAUGGAGUAAAAUCACAACAUUUUUCAAAUUGAUACUGAAACAUCCGAAUAAAACAAGUGAUUGUUAUAAGCGUUGAUAUAUUAUAUAUAUUCAAUUAAAAGCGAGAAAAGACCAUGAAUAAUUUUGUAUUCGUCAUCCUGACGCUAUUUUUCUGUGUAUUUUUUGCCCCUUUGAAUGGUGAAACAAGCGAUUCGAGCAGUGAAUCAGACAUAAAUCCUGUAAUUGCUGGUGCCGCACGGCAAAUUUAUGGUUCAAGUUCAUUACGAACAAGUGGAAACAAAAGGCAAACAAAUAAACGUCGAAAAAAUAAUCAUGGCAUAACAACAACUACAACACAUCAACCAAGAUUUGAAGAAGACUAUGAUGACUACGAUAGCCGGUAUCCACAUGGUACUAUGGUAAUACAUGAACAGCCACCUUUCUCACGGUCACACUUUCCACCACCGGUGGUGGAUCCAAAUCUGAACGAUGCCCGGUUUCGCCAUUUGGGUCCUGGUGUUCGGGUGCCUUCGGGCAAUGAUGACACCGUUUUUGGAACCCGACAUGGCGGUGAACGACAAGGCGAUACAGAUGUUGAUUGGAAAACGUGGGAUCGUUUCGGUACCAAAUCUGAUCAUGAUGAUAACCAGAAUACGGUCAUGCAUCCGGAUGAUGAUUUCAUGCAUAUGGCAAACAAUGACGAAACCGAUAGCGAUGAUCGUCUUGACGAACAACUCUGCACACUGGGCUGUCUGAAUUCAGAAUUUCUCUGUCCACACAGUUGUCAAUGCGUUCCAAAAUACACUCGAUGUAAUGGUGUGAUCGAAUGUGAUUUUCAAGAGGACGAAGAAAAUUGCGGUGGCACAUCCAAUGUAGAAAUUAUUCAAAACAUUAAAAAAGACUGUGAAUCAAGCGACCAUCAUGUUUUGUGUCCAAAGACAUUUGCCUGCAUAGCCAAAGACUUUUUAUGCGACGGUGACAAUGAUUGUGGUGACUUUAGCGACGAAACGCAUUGUGGGGCUAAGGUCAAAUGCGAAGAAGAUCAAUUUGAAUGCGACAACGGACUUUGUAUACAACAUCAAUGGGUUUGCGAUGGCGAUAAUGAUUGUCAAGACUAUUCCGAUGAGGUUAACUGCACAGCAAAGCUAUCCUGCACCAAUGACGAAUGGAUGUGUACGGACACAAAUUGUAUAUCGGCAUCGUUUCGUUGUGAUGGGGAGCCAGAUUGUGUGGAUGCAAGCGAUGAACAGAAUUGCAUCACUGAUAGCAUUUCACAAUGUCCCGAGGGCGAAUUUAGGUGUGGUGGUAGCUCGAUUAACUAUGCAGCAGCACCAGGAACCCGAUGUAUUUUGAAUCGUUUUCGGUGCGAUGGUGAAAAUGAUUGUGCGGAUGGAUCAGACGAAGUGGGUUGCCUAGGGAUUAAAGCAGCUAGUUGCUCUAGCAACGAAUUUAAGUGCGGUGAUGGUACCUGCAUUCCAAUUCAAUGGAAAUGCGACAUGGAACAAGACUGUGACAGUGGUGAUGACGAAAAGAGUUGUAAACUUGACGAAAAACCUAUUAAACGAGCAUGUGCUGAUGAUGAAUAUCAAUGCAAAGAUGGUCGAUGCAUUUUGAAAACAUGGUUGUGUGAUUCAAUUGCGGACUGCAAAAGAGCCGAAGAUGAGACAAAUUGUCAGGUUACAUGCGAUCCGGGCCAAUUUUUAUGUCCAAUGUAUAAAAAUAUAACAAAUGCUCGCAUUUGUGUUAAUCAAAAACAUCGUUGUGAUGGACAGUGUGACUGUGUACGUUGCGAAGAUGAAGCCGAAGAAAAUUGCCCAAAGGCGAAAAAAUGCGAUAGAAAUUCUAAAUGUGAACAACUGUGUGUGACGACACAUGAUAGCAAGGAUGGAUGUGCGUGCCGAACUGGAUUUGUAUUGCAUGAAAAUAAACACAAUUGCACCGAUAUUGACGAAUGCCAGUUUACCGUCGAUCCGGUUUGUUCCCAAAAGUGUAUCAAUACGGUUGGUUCCUUUCAAUGCAGUUGUACAAACGGUUACAUAUUACGUCCAGAUCUGCGAACGUGUAAGGCUCUGGGAGGUGCUGUCAAAUUAAUAUUGGCAAAUCGUGUCGAUAUACGUCAAGUUUCGCUUAGCAACAAUCGCUAUACAUCCAUUGUGAAAGGACUUCACAAUGCCAUUGCUAUCGAUUUUCACUAUAAACGAAGUCUUUUAUUCUGGUCGGACGUCUCAACCGAUGUGAUUAAAAUGUCAUACAUGAAUGGAACUUCCAUAAAAAACGUAAUAAAAUGGGGUCUAGAGUCACCAGGUGGUAUUGCUGUUGAUUGGACACAUGACUUAUUAUUCUUCACCGAUUCGGGUACAAAGAGGAUUGAAGUUUCAACAUUCGACGGUUCAUUGAGAGCCGUUAUUAUUGCCAACGAUUUAAAUAAACCACGUGCUAUUGUUGUACACCCUGGUGAAGCGUUAAUCUUUUUUACUGAUUGGGGCUCUGGAAUUUCAGGAACAAAACCCAGAAUUGACCGAGCAUAUAUGGACGGUACGGAUCGAAGAACAAUCAUCUCGGAUGGAAUUUUCUGGCCCAACGGAUUGACACUCGAUUACUCGGGUGGCCGCAUUUACUGGGCCGAUGCGAAACAUCAUGUGAUUGAAAGCUCACAUUUCGAUGGAUCCGAUCGGAAGAAGAUUUUAAGCAAUCACUUGCCACAUCCAUUCGCUUUGACUCUGUUUGAAGAUCAUUUGUAUUGGACGGAUUGGAAUACGAAAAGUAUUUCGGCGGCGAAUAAAGUGACGGGAAAAGGAUUUCGGAAUAUUCACAUUGAUCUACAUUUUCCAAUGGAUAUUCACUCAUAUCAUUCGUCUCGUCAGCCAGAGUUUCUAAAUCGAUGCCAAGUGGAUCGCCGGGGUUUACGUGGCGGUUGCAGUCAUCUUUGUUUACCGAAUAAAAGUAACCGACGUUGUGGGUGUCCAAUCGGAUUAACUCUCAAAGACGACCAAAAAACAUGCACCGAUAUUCCCGACAAGUUGCUCAUAAUAUCACGCAAGAAAGAUAUUCGUGUUCGCCAAUUACUUUCGAAGAAUUCGUUGAAUGAACAUGAUAUGGUCGUUCCAAUUGACGGACUAAAAUCGACAAUUGGAAUUGAUUGGUGUCAAAAAACCGAUACAAUCUAUUGGACGGAUGUUGGUAGAAGUGCAAUAAGCCGAGCUCAAUUAAAUGGAGAUAAUCAAACCCAAAUCAUACAAUCGAAUCUGAUUUCGCCAGCCGGCUUAGCGCUCGAUUGGAUCACGGAUAAAAUCUAUUACUCUGACAUGGGCACCAAUCGAAUUGAGGUGGCCACAAUUGAUGGUCGAUUGCGUACAAUGUUAAUAUGGCAAGGAAUUGAGAAACCACGCGACAUUGUCGUCAAUCCAAUCGAAGGUUUAAUGUUUUGGUGUGAUUGGGGUUCAAAACCACAAAUUGAAAGGUCGUGCAUGGAUGGAUCUGAACGAAAAGUAUUGGUGUCCGCGCAUCUUCAAUUCCCUAAUGGAUUGGCAAUUGAUUAUUCCAGUGAUCGUUUGUAUUUCGUUGAUAGUGGAUCUAAAACGAUGGAAUCGGUGAAAUUUGAUGGUUCGGCUCGUCGAACCAUCAUCGAUGAAGGUCUUGUACACCCAUUUGGUAUUGAAAUUUACGAUCAAAAAGUGUACUGGACCGAUAUGAAAACGCUUAACGUCGAAUCGGCAAACAAAAAUAAUGGCAAAGAUCGACAAGUACUAAUUGCAAAUGUAAGUGAUUUAAUGGAUGUGCGCGUUUUUCAUCGAAAUCGAAAAAUGAUUUCAAAUUUGUGCAGUGUAUCAAACGGUGAUUGUUCACAUUUAUGUUUGUUAAAUUCAAAUGGAUACCGGUGUGCAUGUCCAAUCGGAGUAAAACUCUCAAAAAACGGUCGUACCUGCAACGAUGGACCAAAUGAUUUUAUUAUAUUUGCACGACGCACUGACAUUCGACAAAUUUCACUUGAUUAUUCACACGAUUAUUUAGUGGACGUUGUACUGCCAUUACCAUCAAUGUCAUCGGCCGUGACGGUUGAUGUUGAUUCGGUGACAGGUGAUAUAUAUUGGUCGGACACAAAUGUUAUUAUGAAAUCAACAUCGGAUGGCAUUUAUUAUGGCAAAGUGAUUGGCGAUAGUCUUGGCACUGUUGAAUCAAUGAUUGUCGAUUCAAUCGGACGAAAAAUCUAUUUCACUGACAGCGGACGCCUUUCAAUUGAGGUAUGUGAACUAAAUGGUUCGAAUAGAGCUGCAUUGGUUUAUACGGAUUUGGACUCUCCGCGCGGAAUUGCAAUCGAUUAUGCUGAUGGAAUGCUCUUCUUCAGCGAUUGGGGCAAACAACGAAUUGAACGAGUGUUUAUGGAUGGUGAACAACGGAUACGAAUUGUUGAAAAGGAUUUAGGAUGGCCGAAUGCACUUUCAACAUAUGCAAAACGUCUUUUCUGGACCGAUGCGUCGAGAAAACUAAUCGAAUCGUGCAACUAUGAAGGAAACCAUCGAAAAAUUAUCUUACAAAAUCUAGAACACCCAUACGGUUUGGCUGUGACUACAAAUCACAUCUAUUACACGGAUUGGAAAACAAUGUCUUUGCAUUUAAUUGACAAACAUGAUUUCACCACACAAAUUGUAAGGGAUAAUUUGGAAGGGCUCAUGGAUGUGAAAUUUAUCGAACGCGAACGUAAACGCAUGGAGAAUGUUUGCGGUCACAAUAAUGGAAAUUGUUCACAUUUAUGUCUGCGUAAUUCUACUGGUUUCUCGUGUAGAUGUCCGACAGGAAUAAAACUCAAAACCGAAACUGAGUGCCAUGCACUGCCGGAGAACUAUCUUUUGAUUGCAAUGCGCGGUGGUAUUGGACGGAUUUCCUUCGACACCGAUGACAUGCUUGACGUUGCCCUACCCAUCGAAAAUGUGCACGCUGCAAUUGUGCUCGAUUAUCAUUAUAACAAAUCGAAAUUGUACUAUGCUGACGUGAAUGUUGAUGUAAUCAAAGAAGUUGAUUUGAAAAAUGUCAAAAAUACCAAAACCAUCGUCUCGUCUGGUCUGAAAACAACAAACGGUUUGACUGUCGAUUGGAUCGCAGACAAUUUGUAUUUUUCGGAUACAGAAACUCGAACAAUUGAAGUGACGCGUCUGGAUGGCUCUUGCCGCAAAACGAUUAUUAAUGAAAAUUUAAACGAUCCACGAUCGUUGGCCAUAUCACCACAAAAGGGCUAUCUGUUUUUCAGCGAUUGGGGAAAGCCACAACGAAUUGAACGAUGCUUUUUAGAUGGAUCUGGUCGAAAAAUAAUUGUUUCCGAAAAAUUGGGAUUUCCAACUGGCCUGUGUGUUGAUUUCAACUUUCACCAAUUGUAUUGGGCGGAUGCACUGGAAGACCGCAUCGAAGUUUCGAAUUUCGAAGGACACAAUCGCAAAUACAUCGUUGAACAUACACAGCAUCCAUUUAGCAUUGCAUUAUAUGAAAAAAAUGUAUUCUGGUCGAAUUGGUACAAUAAGUCUGUAUCCAAGGUUCCAAAACGAGGGCAACAUAAACCCAUCGAGAUUCGAGGCCUAUUAGCCGGUGCACUUGACAUUCGCGUUAUAUCUCAGUCGCGACAACCGAAUCAAUAUUCUCCAUGUAUGAUUCAUAAUGGAAACUGUACUCAUCUGUGCUUGUACAGAUAUACAUCGUACGUUUGUGAAUGCCCAGACAAAGCUGAUUCUCGAACAUGCCAAACAGGCGAAUUUCCAGUAACUUCUCGUCCAAAGGAAUCAUUUAUCCACGAUUAUCCCAAUGAGGACGAUCUCAAUCCUAUUCCAGAGGAUAACAGCUCAUUAGCGCGCAUUGUUGCUAUCUUAACAGCUGUGUUUAUUGUACUUCUCAUUAUCGUAUUAUGCGCCAUACUCUAUUUGGUGUUGAACAACAGCAAAAAGAAAGAAAACCAUACGCCUCGCAGUUCAACUGGAUCAGUGUUGACCUUUUCGAAUCCAAAUUACAAUUUGCCUGACGAUGGAACGGUGACUGAACCAAAAGUUAAAAUAUGGAAACGACUAAAAUACGAUAAAGCACAGGAUCGUGUGUACGAAGAACGGUGCUUUGGUGAGAAUUCUGCGUCGGCAACCUUAAUGCCAUCCGGUAAAACACCGUCGUCUUCAUCAAUUUCACGCUCACCACUCUCGACUAUUGGAUAAAUCAAUUAAAACCCGAGUGAAAAAUCUAAUUCAAAAAAUAACAAAUUUUUAUCAAAAGUGAUUACUGUGAAUAUAACAAAGAAAAAGUGAAAAUCGCCAAUUUUGAACUCAAAUGCGGCAUCGAGGGUAGAUUUUUAUACGAAAUACAAAAACAAGGAGAUCACUCUCCUCACAAAACACAAUCAAAUCAAAGUUUAAAUGAAUCGAAUCAACAGACUAGUAGAUAGGAAUGGAUAUAAAAAAACGGAUUCUUUUCUGUUAAGUAAAAAAAAACAAACAACUCAUUCGAUUCUCCUCUCUAUUUUUUUUAAAGAACUCAAAUUCAUUUAUUUUUCUAUGAAUACGCAUUUUAUAAUUGAAUUUAUUGAAUGAUGUGACUUCAACCAACGAUAAUUAAUCAGAAUGUUAUCUCAGAAAUCCAUUUCAAAAGAAAUGUUUUUUUCCUUCGUUCCGACAUGAAGUUGCGCUUGUGACAAAAAAGCGACCCUCUCUUGCGUCCUAUAUUGACAAUGUAUUUGAAGAUGACUCCAUUGAAGGAGCGCCAUCUCUUUCACGCCCUUGAAAACAAUGAAGCUUGUAAACUUCGCAAAUUUC